AUUUUUAAUUAAUUAACAAAUAAGCAAAAAUUAAAUUUUAGAAUGGGUAAAUUAAGAAGUUUGAUCUUAAUCGCUUUGCUUUUUACUUCCGUAUAUUGUGCCUGCGACUAUACUAUAAGUCAAGGUAACUAUAGUGGUGGCUGUGCUUAAAACUGUAAAGAUUUCGAUACUAUUGAAAAAGCUAAGGCUGCUUGUGAUGCUGAUACCUCUUGUUAAGGUGUUACUUUUAGUUAAAAAGGAAGUGGUGGUAGCGCUUCUACUGGAGCCAGCGGAAACGGCUGGGGCUAUUAAUUAAGAGCUUCUUAGAGCACUAGUCACUCACCUUCUGGUGAAACCUCCUGGAUUAAGGGUUAAUGUCAACCUACAUUUGAGUGUGAUUUCUAACCUUAUCCAGGUUAAUACUUAGGAGGAUGCUUUAAUGGAUGUCAAGAUUUUAAAAAUUUAGAAGAUGCUUUAUAAGCUUGUAGAUAAUAAAGUGGAUGUGGUGGUGUAACCUUCUCUAAAAAAUCUAUUGGUGGACCCAAUGCAACCAAUGCAUUCGAUGGAAGUUGGGGUUAUCAAUUGAGAUCUAGUACUACUGCUAGCGGUUCUCCUAAUGGUGAAGAUUCCUGGGGAAAGAUAAAUUGCAGCAAUUAUUAAUAAGGUGAUUGCUACGUUCUUCAUCCCGGUGAUUAUAGUGGUGGUUGUGCUUAAAAUUGUAAGGAUUUCUCUUCUCUAAGCUAAGCUAAGGCUGCAUGCAACAGCGAUUCUUCUUGUAAAGGCAUUACAUUUAGUUCUCCAAGCGGUGGUGGUAGUUAAUCUUCAGGCGCUGUUGGUAACGGCUGGGGUUAUCAAUUAAGAGCUUCUUCUACCACAAAUCACUCUCCUUCAGGUGAAAAUUCUUGGGUUAAAACUGAUUGUUCAAAUUUAUUCCCUUGUGAUUUCUUACCUUCUUAAGGUUAUUACAUUGGUGGAUGUUUCAACAAUUGCUAAGAUUUUAAAACCUUAGCUGAAGCUUAAGCUGCUUGUAGAUAAUAAGCUGGAUGUGGAGGUGUAAGUUUCUCUAAGAAAUCAAUAGGUGGUUCCAGUGCUACCAAUGCAUUUGACGGUGCUUGGGGUUAUUAAUUGAGAUCAGGUAAAAACUUAGUUCUCUCUCCCAACGGUGAAGAUUCAUGGUUAAAGUAAAGCUGUGGUUAAUAUACUUAAAUUUCAUCUCAAUGCAUUUAUUCUUAUAAUCCUGGUGAUUAUAGUGGUGGUUGCGCUUAAAAUUGCAAAGAUUUCGCUAAUAUUGAAGAUGCUAAAAACGCUUGUAACGCUGAUCCCAACUGUAAUGCAGUUACUUUUAGUCAAAGAAAUAGCGGAGGUGGUGCUUCAACCGGUGCUAGCGGCAAUGGAUGGGGAUACUAAUUGAGAGCUACAAAGGGAAGUACUCAUUCACCAUCUGGAGAAACUACUUGGGUCAAGUAAAGCUGUUAACCUGCUACUACUUUCCCUUGUUUCUUCCAAUAAGCUUCUUAAGGUUAUUAUUUGGGAGGUUGCUAUGAUAGUUGCAGAGACUAUUCCAAUUUAAAAGACGCCUAAAAUGCUUGCUUAAACAAAUCAGGUUGUGGUGGUGUUACUUUCUCCAAGAAAAAUAUUGGUGGAUCUAAUGCCUCUAAUGCUUUUGAUGGAUUUUGGGGUUAUUAAUUAAGACAAAGCACUACUCCUUCACUUUCUCCUAACGGUGAAGAUUCCUGGGUCUAAGUUUGCUUAAAUUAUCCUGCCCUCUUUACAGGAUGUAAUUUCACAGGACAAAUGGUCGCAUUCCCUCCUGGUGUAUAAGUUCCUUCUCUUAACUUAUCAUAAUACCACAGUUUAUAUGUUCCUUCUGGCUAAUAUCUUAACUUGUAUAACUAAUCCAAUUAGAAGGGUUAAGCUACUAAUUAUUCAAGCUCUGUAUCUUGUUUACCCCAAGGAUUCAUGUUGAUGAUUCAACAACCUCACUCUAUCUCUACCCAUAAAUCUGUAGAGAAUAAGCUUAAGAAAAAUAGACAAUGA